CUUAUUGUGUCGUACUUUUCAAAGCAGCAGAUUUGACCUGCAGCUCUCAGGUAAACAACACGGACUCAGUAUUACAUAAUGUUUGAGAGGUUUUUUUUACAUGUACAGAAAUAAAAGUGCCUCAGUGUAAUGAAGCUCUUCACUUCUGCAAGCUUCAAACUAAUUAACGCUGAUUAAGAGAUGUCGCGUGACCGUGACCCCUCCCCGUGUCAAAGAAAGGUCAUCGUGUCUCUGAGAGCAAAGCCUGCAUCAACCAAACGUCCAGUCUGUUAGAAGAUGAAUCAUCACUGUGAUAUGUGUGUUUGGAUUUAUAUAAUAAUCGCGGUCAUGGCUCCCCGCUGUGUGUGUGUGAAGGAAACACCUGAGCAGCUCGUGUUACCGCGGGUCACGUGCUCAGCCCGGAGGAUCACAGCUGUGUUUGGUUCUCUGGUCGACAGUAACGUUCACGUCAAAGACGUGACAGGAGCUCUGAUCCCAGUGUCUCAGUCUGAGGAGUCCUGUGGAGUGAAACUGAGCCGAGAGAGGAACCUGAACCUCUCCUUCUCCAGCAGAUAUGACAGCUGCUAUGUUCACAUUCAGGGCAGCCGAGCGGUCAUCACUCUGCAGGUGCAGCUGACAGGAAGGGAUGGAUGGUUCAGGGUGAACAUCAGCUGUCCUCUGAUAAAGAGACACAGCGAGAGGAGUCUACCCGCCUCGACAUCUCUCCCUGGAAGCUGUGAUGUUGAAAACGCUCUGCGAGUGGACUGUGGUCACCGACUCAUUUCAAGUGAAGCGUGCUACAAAGGAGGAUGCUGCUACGACGCUCUCCACUUCUCCUGCUUCUACAGACUCAACGCGUGCUCUCUGGACGGACACUUUGUGUUCUCGGUGCGGGCCGACCCCCCCGUCGACCCCCGCAGCCUCGCCGUCCGAGACGAGCCGCAGUGUUUGCCCGAGAUCACCACGGAGGACGCGGCGGUCUUUAAGAUCAGAGUCACAGAGUGUGGUGCAAAGAUGAAGAUGGAUGGAGACGUGAUGAUCUACGAGGUGGACGUGGAGGAGCUGCAAACUGAAGCUGACGCCAAACAUCCACCUUUUAGCCUGCAGGUCCGGUGUAAAUACGACGUGUCAGAUCUAAAGCGAGCAGCAGACUUGCGCUCCUUCUUCCCGGUGACCAACCCUCCGCCUGCGACCGCACUGGGAACCAUCAGACUGCAGAUGAGGAUCGCUAAAGACUCCUCGUUCAUGUCAUUCUACCCGGAGGAGCAGCUCCCCGUGAGGCUGCAGCUGCGUGAGGCUGCGUACGUGGAGAUCGCCAUCGCUCAGCCGUCCCCUGACCCCGCCCUCUCCCUGAGAGUUCGGGACUGCGUCGCCUACCCAGAGUCCCGACACUCUGUGUGGACGCUGUUGUACGACGGCUGUCCUAACCCUGAAGACUCCAUGAGGAGCUCCGUCCCCGUCGACAAACAGGGGAAGACCACCUCGCACUCCCAGACCAGGAGGUUUGAUGUCAAGACCUUUGCCUUCUUGGACCCUCAAACAGGAAACCCCAGUGUGGAGGAGAUCUAUUUCUUCUGCUGGGUGGAAAUCUGCACCGACGACAUCGACUGUGAUCAGCGCUGUGCCAUCAUGACGUCGGAGAACGACAGGAAGAGGAGAGAGACGAUAUCAGAGUCUGAUCAGCUGGUGUCUUUAGGACCGCUGCUGCUGGGACGCAACAACACGCAGCUCGCCGACAACCCGUGUGCCAAAGAAAACACGAUGUUUCAGGUGAUGGUGUACGUUCUCUCUGGCGUUGGCGCUGCCCUCCUAUUGGUCCUGCUGCUCACUGCGUGGUCGAGCAUCAGGAAGUGGAAGAAGACGGAGGACCAGUGACCUUUAGGAAUAAAAUAAUUCACCCAAAAUGGUGA